UUUUGGGCAUCUUGUGUUGGGCUGCCCGUGGGGCUCGACUUAGCAUGCUGCCAGCGCAGUGAGCUGCGCUACGCAAGAAUCGAGUCUCGCAGCGAUCGCAGCGAUCGAGCAGCAAGACCUCUGCGGCUCUCACAGACAGCGGGGCAGCUGCCCCAGUGCAGCGUCAAAACAGAUGGACCCGCGCGACGCCCUCGGCGACCUCCUCGUCGACGCCGUGGUGCCCGUGCUCGGCUGGCCCGCAUUUUACAAGUGUUCCGCGCUGAGCCGGGCGUGGCGGGCGGCGCUGAAACGCGUCGGCAGCGACCUGCGCAGGCGCCACGCGCCGCCGCCUCCACGCUUCGGGAUCCCCCUCCUCGACCUGCCGCUCUUCGUGGACCGCGUCGUGCCGUUCCUCGGCUGGCCCGGCCUCUUCCGGCUCUGCCCCGUGAGCCGCGCUUGGAAUGCGGCCGUCACCGCGCGCGCGCGCCGAGCCAUCCGGCGGCUUCUCGACAAGACGCCGACGUCGUUCCGCCCGGACGCGGCGGACGUCGAGCGCUGGGAACGGGACCUGCGGCGGCGCGGCUUCCCCGACGACGUUGAGCGCGACGACGACGGCUAUCCGUGGGAGCUACAGCGUUUGAACUGCUACGGCCCGCGCGGCGUCGUGCUGCCGUCUCACGUACGGGCGCUGCUCCACGUCUGCGCGGGCGCGGCGACGGUCAAGGACGGCUACGCCUCGACGGCGGCGAACACGUUCCAGCCCCUCGCUCGGUGGCGCCUCGUCUCGUCCUGGGCGGCGCGGUUUUCCUUCGAGGACGACAUAGGUGGCGAUUUUCCCAAAAUUUUGCCCAAGGGGCCCUUCGUCGUCCUGCGGUGUUGGCGGGUGCCCAUGUACGGCGAAUGCUACGACAUCUGGCAGAUGGUGUACCUGAACCUCGUCGACGGGCUCCUGUACUAUCACAACAGCCGGGCUGGGAGAAGGCGCAUCGGCACGGCCCUCGACUACGUCCGGGGCGGCUGGCAGCACUCGUGGGACCCGAAACAGGACGGCUACUACCACGUGCCCGGUGCGACGAAGAUCGUGCACUCCGACGACCCGGCCGAGCGCCAGGGGAUUGUCUAUCACAAACCGCCGCCGGACAUGGACGUUGUUCUGCCGCAGCGUAACGCGAGGGCGGCCGCGCUCCACCUGUCCGGCGACGCCAAUCACCGUCACGGCAACGGCGUUUGAACUCGCGGCGAUGGCGUCUCUGUGUACUUCUAGUAAGACCCGUUAUUUGUA